GGCAGGCUUGUGAACUAGCUAGAUGUAGCUAAGCGGAUUGACCACCAUACCGACGUCAGUUCAACAUUAAACAUUUUUUAACAUUUUAAACAACAUCUAGGAUAAAAGUACUGGGCCCUGCUAUGCACGAAAACGUGCUAGGCUCAAAUUGCACCCCUACCCUAAAUGUGGGGCAAUGAUGGGCGCUCCUUCUCUUCUCCCCUGUCCCGCUUUUACUAGAAAAAGAAUCGUCUCUCCUCACAUCGGGGUCCUUCUCCUGGUUUGGGGAACUGUACGUUGUAGAUCAGCACACCUAGGGGAAAUUACAAUUACAAACAGCCGUAGCCUUUUCUUCUUACUUCGUCGAGUGCAUGAGAAUGAGAGGCAGUUGAGCACGGUAGGAUUAUGAGAAAGCUGCUGUUUUCGCGUUUUUUCGUCAUUCUUCCUCUUCGCGUCCAUGCAGCGCUCGGCGGGACCGUGAGAAACUGGGGCUGUUGGGUGUUCUUUCAAGACUGUUAUUUGACGUGGUUUGAUGCUGCUGUUGAUCGUGGGCUCACUCACAGGCUGAACUGAUCAGUUUCGAGUUGCUGUGAAUCGAUCGAGCGAUUGAAAGAGUCCUUACUGCGGAAUGGAUGAUACAGAAUUAACUUACAAGUUCUGGAGAAUCCGAAAAACUGUUAUGCAGAUGUGUCAUGAUAGAGGCUAUCUGGUCACACAAGAUGAACUCGAUCAAACUUUGGAUCAAUUUAAGGAUCAGUUUGGGGACAGACCAAGUGAAGGAAGACCUUCACGAAGUGAUUUAUCAAUUUUGGUGGCACACAAUGAUGACCCAACAGACCAGAUGUUUGUGUUUUUUCCUGAUGAGCCUAAAGUUGGAAUAAAAACAAUUAAACAAUAUUGCAACCGAAUGCAAGAGGAAAACAUCAGCAGAGCAAUAAUAGUUGUGCAGAUGGGAAUGACACCGUCAGCAAAGCAGUCAUUGGUUGACCUAGCACCAAAGUACAUCUUGGAACAAUUCAUGGAGGCAGAACUCAUGGUAAACAUCACAGAACACGAGCUCAUUCCAGAACAUGUUCUCAUGACCCCGGAUGAAAAGGCAGAACUUCUUCAGAGAUAUAAACUCAAGGAACAUCAACUUCCUCGUAUCCAGUCCGGUGAUCCGGUGGCACGGUAUUUUGGACUCAAAAGAGGGCAGGUGGUAAAGAUCAUUCGUCCCAGUGAAACAGCAGGUCGAUACAUCACUUAUAGACUUGUAGUCUAAAGGGAAAUACUGACAAGCGAUGGCCAAGUUUAAUAAGUUUCGUAUCAAUAAUGGAUUGAAGAAAGAAAGAGAGUCAAGAUUCCAAUGAAGAAUUGGUAUGAGCAAACGUUCACAUAAUUUUAUUCUCAUUGUUUUAUCUGUACAGUCGAGUAACAACGGCCGUGCUCGGCCAAUCGUCGGAGUGCCCGAAGAGUUCCGAUUGUCAAUGUCCAAUCACAAUUAAGCACGAACAAUCCGAAAGUUGUGACUUCAGCAUCAUUCGUCUUGUCGCCUAGCAACGUACGUUCCCUUCGAAACUCCCGCUCGCAAGCGACUCUUGGUAGAGGAUUCCGACAAGAGAAGAUUUUCGUUUGCUCAGCUGUUUGUGGUGUUGGUCAGGUACAUACUCAAAGUUGCCGUUUGUUUGGUCUGUGAUUCUCGUCAACAAAUAUUGGCUUUUACUCGUAGCAGUGGACGAAAAUAACUCGAUAAAGCUAUUAAUGGAACUGUGUGUAAAACUACAGUCAAACCUCCCCGCAACGGCCAGCCUAUGGACAGGACAGUGGCCGUUGUAGAGAGGUGGCUGUUGGUGAAGGUUCGACUGUGCCCAUGUUUCCUAUCCUUUUAGUCGCUUCUCUAUCGUAUUCCUUCUAAGCGAUUGAAACCAAGUGGAGCCAGAUGAGCCUAGUAAGCUCAAAUGAAUCGAUCCUGAAAGCGCAAUAACGACUCACUCUUCAACCGGUGACAGCUAUCAUAGCGCUCUUCAUGUUGUGGACUUCCAGGCUCUCCAGAAAAGAGAAAGACGUCGACUGCAGAACUCUAGUUUUAUGUCUGUUUUCAGCGGAAUGUGUACAAAGUUUCUGGUACAAGCAGUUGCUUUUAAUAAAGAUUUUGUAAGUUACUGGAAAGUAA